AUGGCAGGCGGCCGUGGCCGCGGCGCCGGAAGGAACCCGGCGCCCUCCUCCUCCUCCUCCUCCUCCUCGUCCCGGCACCGGAAGCCCCGGUCCUCGCGCGAGUUCGGCCAUGAAAGUCCCUUACAAUCUCAAAAGGAGGGGUCGAGUUCAUCUUCUCCCUCAGUCAGCAGUAAAAAAUCACCGCAACAGAUAGUUACACCAGUUCUACCAAAGUCUCUAGAUUCACCAGUUCAACCACCAAAGUCUCUUGAUUCAUCACUGAUGAUGGCUGAACAAGUUCAACCACUGGUCCAAAGGGCUGCAUCGAUUCAACUAUCAAAACCUCUAGACUCCAGUAGCGCUUCAUGUGUCUCUGGAACUGUGGGGUCUGAUUUAGGAGCUGCUCCAUUUGACAUAUGCAUGGGUAACAGCAAAGGCAUUGUCAUUCUCAAACAUGGUCUCCUUGAGAUCAAUAGAGAGAAACGCCGUGCAAAGGAGCUUUCGAACAUUGCUCCAGUGCAACAUUUGAGACCUGGGAUGGUUCUAUUGAAAAACUUCUUAAAGCCAGAUGAUCAGGUUAAAAUUAUCAAGCAUUGUCGGGAUCUUGGUGUUGGCCCAGGAGGAUUUUAUCAACCUGGGUACAGAGAAGGUGGUAAGUUAAGUCUACGGAUGAUGUGCUUAGGGAAGAACUGGGACCCAGAUUCAGGCAAAUAUGGGGAUAUACGGCCUUUUGAUGCUGCUCAACCACCAAAGAUACCAGAAGAAUUGACCAAGUUAGUGGAAGAUGCCAUUAAAGCUUCCCAUGAAUUCUUGGAACAAAGAGGCAAGGGUGCUACCAAACCUGCCGUAGAACUUCCUUUGUUGUCACCGGAUAUCUGCAUUGUUAACUUCUACACCACUAGCGGGAAGUUAGGUCUUCAUCAGGACAAAGAUGAAGAGGAAUCUAGCAUUGCCAAGGGACUGCCUGUUGUUUCCUUUUCAUUGGGCGACACUGCAGAAUUCUUGUAUGGCGAUGUCAGAGACGAGGAUAAGGCCUCAAAGAUUAAGCUUGAAUCUGGUGAUGUUUUGAUAUUUGGUGGUCAAUCAAGGCGCAUAUUCCAUGGAGUCUCAAGCAUUACGCCGAAAAGUGCACCGCUCUGGGUGACCGACAAGGCAAAUCUUCGACCUGGGCGCCUGAACCUCACAUUCAGGCAGUACAAAGAUUGA